UGCAAACUCAUGGCAAGAAGAUGAGGAAAACAGCUACGGAGGGAAGGAUGAGAAGCAAUGCAAAGUGACAUAUACCAUCCUGGCCACAUCUUCCCAAGUUGGGUCCUUUGCUGGGUGCACUCAUCUAUAAUAUGCACUAUUACCAAGCAUGGCCAGUUCAUCAGAAAAACUCAUCAAAAUGGAGACCUGCAAAUAAGAGGAGGAAGAGGGAGGAGAGAGAGCACAGAAAUCUUCCAAGUGGCUUCAGUGACAGAAGGGGAGGAGUCACCACCUGCCAUUUGCAUGUAAGUGUUUUUGUUCCUCUGGUUUAUUGCUCCUAUUUAUGCAUGCGUGUGCAGGAUCUUCAAAAUCCAGGUAAGAAACACAGUGAAGAACUCAUCUACUGCAAGCUUGGCCCCAUCCGUCAGUACCAAUGAAGAGAGACAAAUCAGGAUAGAAAGACAUCACUACCGUCUCUAUGGUCAGUGAUAUUAUGGACUAAUGAAUAAAAAU